AAUUUGCUGCACAUAACCAAACCCAACUACAAAGAUUGUUUCCUGUCUCAGCAAGAUUAAAAGAAAACAAUUUAUGACGGCACAAGUCUUGAUAAAAAAAAAAUAGCUAAGCGCAAGGCAGAAGAAGAAUAAAGCAGCUGCUUGAGGCGCAUUGCUGCUGUGCUACUUAUGUACAUAUAUACGAAAAAUCGAUACUUGAAGCCGUAGCAGCAGCAGUCGUCGCAGCAGUCAUCGCAGCAGUCGACGUCGACGUCGACGUCAACGGUCAGCGUCAGCAGACGAAAACGCUUAUUAAAUGACUGCUAAAAAUAGCCAAAGCAACAACAAUAACAACAGCAACAACAGGAAGAACAGCAACAACAGCAACAACAGCAACAACAGCUACAACAAAAGGUUAAACUAUUGAAGCAAAGCAACUAGCUACACGUGGCAACAAUGGUCGACGCAAAGCCACCGCCCACACGGACGCCCACGCCGGGCACACCGCCGGCUGCAUUUGCCGGCGAGAGAUCGAAAAUUAAAUUAUUUAUGGAACGGACGCCGAGCAUCGGUGCGCUAAAGUCCAAAUUUUUGACAGUGUUGGGCAACAGCAAUGAGCUGUUCAAUGGCAUAUCAAAUAAGUUAACGCUGAGCAGCAGCAGCAGCGAUUCAGAUUAUUGCGACGACGAUGACGAGGAUUUGCCCAAGUAUGAUGAGUCUAUUGACUAUACGAAAAUCGAUUUUGAGGCGCGUCGCGUGAAGGCGCGUCGUGCGCACGAGGAGAUCAUCUCGGGUCGCUUCAGACAGCCCAAUUUGGCGCCGCGUCCACGCUUGGAGUUCUCGCGCGCGCGUCACUCCAACAAGCUGGGCGGCCCUCUGCGCUCCAGUUCGCCGUCCUCGUCCAGCAGCGGCGGCGGCAGCAGCAGCGACGACAGCAGCUCCGCGUCGCUGCCGGAGCAAACGGCGGCCGCACGUUCGCACGAUGUGAGCAGCACCACGCACUCGAAUUCCCUGGAGUUUGAGUCGCGCCACUCGGGUGGCUAUGAGCGGCCCCGAGCCAUUGCGGGCGCUCGACGCAGCGAGCUGGACAUGCAAAAGGAUAUGCAGCGCAUUAGUGAGCUGCUUGAGGCCACGGCCAUGCCUCCACUAAUUGAUGUGCAGCCGCCCACAGAAGGCGGCGGCGGCGGCAGCUUAAUGACGCGCCAACCCUGGGGCGCAAUCAGCUCGAUGAGAACUGUGCCCGCACGCAGUCGCGCCUCGAACAACAGCACGUUGACCAGCCUGCGGGAUGAGCCCGAUCAGCUGCAGGCCAGCCCCAGCAUGGAGUCAAGCGAUUGGCGCAACUUUAUACGCUCCGAAUCGCAAAAUUCGGUGCCCUCAUGGGCAUCCUCCAUAAGCUUGGAUUGUCGUGCCGGCGAGGAGCCCGUCAAGGAGUUCAUGAAGCACUUCACCCAGCUGCUCUUCAGCAAUUCGGCAGCCGUCAAUCUGGAGCUCAAGUCCGAGCUUGGCGUGCUGCUGCGCCUGGAGAUGGGCCGCCUGUGGUUCACCAGAUUUCUCAGCGAGCAGCGCAACAAGUCGAAGCGCCUGGAAACCUUAACAUUUAAUGCACUCGCCCAAUACUUUGCCCUGGCGCUGUUCGAAUGCGGCGAGUGCGAGGAUCAUGCGCCAGCGGCGGUGCUCAUGAAUCUCUGUUUCUUGUUCUAUCAUGAAGUUGAAGUUCCUGGCUGCGAUCCUUAUCGCGAGUAUCUGUUCGUAUCGCUGCGCCAGCAGCCGCUGUGGCAGCAGCCGCGCUUCUGGAACGCCAUCUUCCAGGAUGCCAUGCAGGCUGAGCGUGAACAUUGGCUCAGCUCUCAGCUGCGCCGCCAGCAGCGGCGUCAGGCAAAGCAGCAGCAGCGCCUUGCAGCCGGAGCAGCUGCAGCUGCAGCAACAACAGCUCCGGAGCCAGUGGUGCCCGAUGCUCGCAAAAACAGCGUUGAUUCCUCCUCAAGCUCCUCGCACCAGGGCAGCGCGCCGCCCGCGACCUUAGCGACAGCCAAACGCAAGUCCAGCAAAUGCAGCUUGGGCCAGCCGCAAUCGGCCAAGGAGCUGGAUGAUAUUGCAUUUCGGCAAUUGAGUGCCUUCACGUGCAACAUGCACUCGCUGGGCACUAGCCAGGAAUUGUGUCUGGAAUUUUUCAAGAAACAUGUUGUGGCCCUCAAUCUAUCCAAGGGGCAUAAAGAACAUUUGCUGUAGGGUAAGGUUCUCCGAAAAAAUCAACUAAUCCAGACGCACAAAUGCCAUCAAACAAACGUUAUACCCUGCUACGAGGUACCAAGAAGCGUACAUACCCUACAAUAUAUGUAUAUGGCAACAGAGAAGCGUAUAUACCCUACAAUUUAUGUAUAUGGCAACAAAUAAGCGUAUAUACCCUACAGUAUAUGUAUAUGCCAACAGAGAAGCGUAUAUACCCUACCAAAUGAAAGUGCAAAUGCCAACAUCCCAAUCCCUAAGAAAUGCACGCACAAAAGUCACCAGAGAAGCGUAUAUACCCUACUCUAUAAUAUAUGUAUGUAUAUGGCAACAGAGAAGCCUAUAUACCCCACCAGUCUGUGCAGACAAGUUGGACAAGUAUUGGAUUAAGUCUUUAGCCCAGCGACAUGGAGACGAGCGCGUGACACAAUUUCGGUUAAUUGAAUUGGAAGACUC